AUGCCAACUCAGGAAGCCACUCCAGGAACCCAGUCAGAGGAGAGCAAUGCUUUGGACCUGCCAUCAGUUUAUUAUGUAAGGGAUUAAGUGUUGCAGAGACCCAGGUAGGAGGACAACAGUGAGAAUUUUAGUUCUGAGGAAGCCCUGUCUAUUCCUUGCUCUUCUGAUGUGGAUCCAGCCUUGUGGCUGACAGGGUCUCGGUGUUCCGGUCUGGUGUCAGGCCUCAGCCUCUGA